AUGCGCGAGAUCCUUCUGCCCUUCGGAUUGCCGGGAUUAGCGCUCCAUCUCAUUGAUUUGAUGCUUAUCUGCGAGCGUGGCCCGGAAGGACCUGAGGGUCCCGCAGGAGAACCAGGUGAGGAAGGUCCAAGCAUAGACGGAAUUAAGGGACCUAAAGGUGUAAAGGGUCUCCCUGGCAUGCCAGGUCUACGUGGUCGUCCAGGCCCUCGCGGGUACAUGGGCCCAAAAGGAGACUGUGCAUUCUGCCCGGAGGGGCAACCAGGCCGAGCUGGCGAGAAGGGUUACCCUGGAUUUCCAGGAAAGGCUGGUCUCCCCGGCCUAGAUGGCGAAGCUGGCCAGAAAGGUCCUCCUGGUCUGCGCGGUGAGGACGGACCAAAGGGAUACCCAGGCAUGAGAGGUUCUGUCGGUCCACCCGGCCCCCGGGGCGAAAAAGGUUCCCCCGGUAUGCCCGGCUUUAGUGGCCCCAUCGGAGUCAAGGGAGUACAAGGUGAACCCGGUCGUGAUGGGCGUGUUGUGAAUGCCCAGAAGGGUGAACCUGGUCCACGCGGUCGGCCUGGCUACCCUGGUCGCAAGGGUCAAAAGGGCGAGGCUGGACGGCAUAAGUACCUACAGCAGGUGCAGGCCUACCUCAAGGGAGAUACCGGUUUGAAAGGCGAUAAAGGAGAGCCAGGCGUUCCCGGAUUUCCAGGAUCCCAGGGUAAUUCCUGCCUUUUAAAUCCACAUUGCUGCUGCUGCUAUCCUCUUACUGAGCUUUUGUGA